CGCAGGAUCCAGUGUGUGUGUCCCCGGGUCUCUCAUCCUCUCGUCUUCCCCUCAGGACAUGGCGGGCGGGGCCGGGCGGCGGCGGGUGAGCCGGCGGGCGGGUGUCGGGUGUGUUGCGCGGUGAGGUGGCCCGGCUGAGCCGAGGAGGGUGAAGAUGUCGGGGGAGGUGCGGCUGCGGCGGCUGGAGCAGCUGAUGCUGGCCGGGCCGGGGGUGCGGGGGGCCGGCGGCUGGAUGAGUGUGGAGAGCCUGCUGGACGCGCUGCUCUGCCUGUACGACGAGUGCUGCGGCUCCCCGCUGCGCCGCGACAAGAACAUCAGCGACUACAUCGAGUGGGCCAAACCAUUUGCCGAAAAAUUGAAGCAGCUGAGACUCCACAAGGAGGACUUCGAAAUCCUCAAGGUGAUCGGAAGAGGCGCUUUCGGGGAGGUUGCCGUGGUGAAAUUGAAAAAUACGGAUAAGGUGUUUGCCAUGAAGAUCCUGAAUAAAUGGGAGAUGCUCAAAAGAGCUGAGACGGCGUGUUUCCGGGAAGAGAGGGAUGUGCUGGUGUAUGGCGACAGCCAGUGGAUCACUACCCUGCACUAUGCCUUCCAGGACGACAACUACUUGUACCUGGUUAUGGAUUAUUAUGUCGGAGGAGACCUCCUCACUCUGCUCAGUAAGUUUGAGGAUCGGCUACCAGAGGAAAUGGCGCGAUUCUACUUGGCCGAAAUGGUCAUGGCUAUCGACUCGGUCCACCAGCUUCACUAUGUCCACAGGGACAUAAAGCCCGAUAACAUCUUGCUGGAUAUGAACGGCCACAUUCGCCUGGCGGAUUUUGGCUCCUGUCUGAAGCUGAUGGAAGACGGGACGGUCCAGUCGUCGGUGGCUGUCGGGACUCCGGACUACAUCUCUCCCGAAAUCCUCCAGGCGAUGGAAGACGGGAAGGGGAAGUACGGGCCGGAGUGUGACUGGUGGUCCCUCGGGGUCUGCAUGUACGAAAUGCUGUAUGGUGAAACGCCAUUCUAUGCAGAGUCCUUAGUGGAGACUUAUGGGAAGAUCAUGAAUCACAAAGAGCGUUUCCAGUUCCCAUCUCAGUUAGCGGAUGUCUCUGAAAACGCAAAGGACUUAAUAAAGAGGCUCAUCUGCAGCCGGGAGCAUCGCUUGGGUCAGAACGGGAUCGAGGACUUUAAGAAUCACCCGUUCUUUGCUGGAAUCGACUGGGAAAACAUUCGGAACUGUGAAGCACCUUACAUCCCAGAAGUCAGCAGCCCGACCGACACGUCCAACUUCGACGUGGAUGACGACUGCUUGAAAAACUCUGAGACGAUGCCUCCAUCAACUCACACUGGAUUUUCUGGGCACCAUCUGCCAUUUGUGGGGUUCACUUACACAAGUAACUGUGUACUGUCAGACAGAAGUUCGAUGCGACAUACCUUGGGAAAAUCCAGCACAGACCUAGACGCCAAUGUCCAGAGGACGCUAGAAGACAGCCUGGCCACCGAGGCAUAUGAGAGGAGGAUACGCCGUCUGGAACAAGAGAAAGUGGAACUGAGCAGGAAGCUGCAAGAAUCUACCCAGGCUGUCCAGGCUCUUCAGUAUUCGGCAGUAGACGGCCCUGUUACAGCAAACAAAGACUUGGAAAUUAAAUCCUUAAAGGACGAAAUAGACAAGUUGAAAACACAAGGCCCCGGUCAGCUCAACCAGCAGCUGGAGAAGAGUGGGGUGACACGGCAGGACUUGGAGGAUUUCUCGAAACAGAUCAAGGCCUUUGAAAAACAGGUGAAGAUGCUGAAACAGGAGAAGGAGGAUCUUAACAAGGAGCUGAUGGAAUCCAACGAUAAGUUAAAGUCCCAGACCAAAGAGCUGAAGGAGGCGCAGAGCCAGCAUAGGCUGACCAUACAGGAGAUGAAGGAGAUGAACGAGCGCCUCACAGAGCUGCGCUCCCACAAGCAGAAGUUUGUCCGUCAGCUCCGCGACAAGGAAGAGGAAAUGGAGAGCGUGGUGCAGAAGGUGGAAGCGCUACGCCAGGAUCUGCGCAGAGCAGAGCGGGCCAAGAAGGAGAUGGAAGCCCAAGCUGAAGCAGCAGCAGCCGAAGCCUCAAAGGAUCGGAAGUUACGAGAGCGCAGCGAGCAAUAUGCAAAACAAUUAGAAAGUGAACUGGAAGGGCUGAAACAAAAACAGAGCGGCCGCUCCUCUGGAUUCAUCAGCUCAGAGCAGCAGCAAGAAAUCAACAGGCUGAAGACCAACCUCGAAAAGAAGACCAUGUCCUACGAAGAGGAGCUGUCCAAGAGGGAAGCCCUGCACGCCAGCGAGAUCAAGAACCUGAAGAAGGAGCUGCGGGAUGCUGAGAGCCAACAGCUCACCCUCAAGAAGGAGAUCCUGAUUCUGAAGGACAAGCUGGAGAAGACCCGGAGAGAGAGCCAAAGCGAGAGAGAAGAGUUUGAGGCGGAGUGUAAGCAGAAAUUUGAGCGUGAGCGAGCGCUGCUGGCCGAGGACAACAAGAGGCUAUCGAAUGAACUCGAUAAGCUCAACUCCAUGCUUGAGAAACAGAAUAUUAACAACCGGCAGCUGGAAGAGGAGAUGAGGGAUCUGGCUGACAAAAAGGAGUCUGUGGCUCAUUGGGAGGCGCAGAUCACAGAGAUCAUCCAAUGGGUGAGCGAUGAGAAGGACGCGCGGGGCUAUCUCCAGGCGUUGGCCUCUAAGAUGACCGAGGAGCUGGAGACUCUGAGGAAUUCUAGUCUCGGAGCCCGAGCCACGGACAUGCCAUGGAAAAUGCGACGUUUUGCGAAGCUUGAUAUGUCGGCCAGGCUGGAGCUGCAGUCUGCCCUGGAUGCUGAAAUUCGGGCCAAGCAAACCAUCCAGGAGGAGCUGAACAAGGCAAAGGCUGCCAUUAUUGCCACUGAAUGUAAACUUCAGGAAUCUGAAAAGAAGAACCAGGAGCUUGUGACGGAAAUUGAGAAACUCAAAUGGGAAACUGAGGAAUUCAGAUCAGAAAAAGGUGUCAAGCAUCAGGAAUCCCAGAAUUCUUUCCUAGCGUUUCUGAAUGCACCUACCUCUGUGCUGGACCAGUUUGAGCGAUCUCCGGCCUGCAACCCGGCCAGUAAAGGCAGACGUAUGGACUCUGUGGAUAAUUUUACUUUGUCCAACACUCCGUCACGUGACGAGGACGCGAAAUCUCAGGUCAUAUCACGCUCCAGAUCCCCAUCCACCAUGAGCGACAUCGAAGCUGGAGAGACGGCAGAUCACCCCCCGCGCUCCGUGCAGACGCCGACAAUCAGAGCUUCAUACCUGGGUUCAGGUUCCUCCACUCCAAAGCCCAAAGCUCAUCAGUUUGUGGUCAAGACCUUCAACACGCCAACAAAGUGUAACCAGUGCACCUCUCUGAUGGUGGGGCUCAUCCGACAGGGCUGCACCUGUGAAGUGUGUGGUUUUUCUUGCCAUGUUACCUGUGCGGAUAAAGCCCCCUCUGUGUGCCCCAUCCCUCCUGACCAGACCAAGGGACCCUUGGGCAUCGACCCCCAGAAAGGAAUCGGGACAGCUUAUGAAGGCCAUGUCCGUGUGCCCAAGCCAGCUGGGGUGAAGAAGGGCUGGCAGCGGGCUCUGGCUGUAGUGUGUGAUUUCAAACUCUUCUUAUAUGAUAUACCAGAAGGGAAGACGUCUCAGCCAUCUUGUGUAGUGAGUCAAGUGAUUGAUAUGAGGGACGAGGAGUUUGCCGUGAGCUCAGUCCUGGCCUCUGACGUCAUCCACGCCAAUCGCAAGGAUAUUCCCUGCAUUUUUAGAGUGACGGCGUCCCAGCUGUCUGCGUCCAGCAAUAAAUGCUCCGUCCUGCUCCUGGCAGACAGCGAGAGCGACAAGAGCAAGUGGGUGGGCGUGCUGAACGAGCUGCACCGGAUCCUGAAGAAGAACAAGCUGAAGGACCGAUCCGUCUACGUGCCUAAAGAGGCGUACGACAGCACACUGCCACUCAUCAAGAACACACAGUCCGCCUCCAUUCUCGAUCAUGAACGAAUAGCCCUCGGAAAUGAGGAAGGACUGUUUGUUGUGCACGUCACCAAAGACGAGAUCAUAAGAGUUGGAGACAACAAGAAGGUUCACCAGGUGGAGCUUAUACCGAACGAGCAGCUAAUCGCCGUCAUAUCAGGAAGGAACCGCCACGUCCGGCUUUAUCCUAUGGCCUCGCUGGACGGGAGAGAGACUGAGUUCUUCAAACUGGCCGAGACAAAGGGCUGCCAGGGUAUAGUGUCCGGUCAGGUGCGGCACGGGGCCCUCACCUGCCUGUGCGUGUCCAUGAAGAGGCAGGUUCUCUGCUACGAACUGAACCAAAGCAAGAGCCGCCACAAAAAGAUCAAGGAGAUCCAGGUCCCUGGAAACGUCCAGUGGAUGGCCAUCUUCAACGAGCGCCUCUGCGUGGGCUAUCAGUCGGGAUUUAUCCGGUAUCCGCUACAUGCCGAGGGGAGCCCGUACAGCCUUCUCCACGCCGACGACCACACGCUAUCAUUCAUCACGCAACAGCCCACGGACGCCAUUUGCGCAGUGGAGAUCUCGAAUAAGGAAUACCUGCUGUGUUUUAGCAGCGUUGGUGUUUAUGUUGACUGCCAGGGUCGGAGGUCGCGGCAGCAGGAACUCAUGUGGCCCGCGGCUCCAUCAGCGUGCUGCUACAACGCCCCGUACCUCUCUGUGUACAGUGAAAAUGCGGUCGACGUCUACGACAUUAAUUCCAUGGAGUGGAUUCAGACUAUUCCCCUUAAGAAGGUGCGUCCACUGAAUACAGAAGGUUCACUCAAUCUUCUGGGAUUGGAAACGAUCCGACUCAUAUAUUUCAAGAAUAAAAUGGCCGAAGGGGACGAGCUGGUUGUUCCCGAAACGUCGGACAAUAGUCGGAAGCAAAUGGUGAGGAAUAUCAACAACAAACGGAGGUACUCCUUCCGCAUCCCAGAGGAGGAGAGAAUGCAGCAGAGGAGGGAGAUGUUACGAGACCCAGAAAUGAGAAACAAGCUCAUUUCCAACCCGACAAACUUCAACCACAUAGCACACAUGGGGCCCGGAGACGGCAUCCAAAUACUUAAAGACUUACCUAAGCCCAGGUCCCCUAAUCCAUCCCCCCUCCGCCAUCACUCCAGCCUGAUCUCCACUCCAAGCAACUUUGAGCACGUCUAUCACAUGACUGCAAAUUCUGCUGAAAACUUUCUGUCCUCCGAUCCCGUACACCCCGCCACCUCCUCCUACUCCUCCCCGUCUCUCAGCACUACCCCUGGCUCUCACAGGAACCUCCGGGCCCAGGAUAGUCGCUCGAUGUUCAGCGGCUCUGUCAGUAUUCCGUCAAUCACAAGGUCCCGCGGGGAGCCCGGCCGGUCGAUGAGCGCUAGCAGCGGACUGGCUGCACGGUCGUCACAGAACGGCAGUGCUUUACGGCGAGAAUUCUCCGGGGGCAGCUACGGAGCAAAAAGACAGCCCAUGACAUCACCAUCUGACGGCUCUUUGUCUUCUGGAGGACCCGACCAAGGAAGUGACGCCCCAGCUCGAGAGUAUGAACGAGAGGAUUCAGAUUCACCAAGACAUUCAACGGCGUCAAAUAGCUCCAACCUAAGCAGCCCCCCAAGCCCGGUGUCGCCCCACAAGACCAAGAGCAGUUCCUUAGAGAGCUCGGACCACGUCAGCUGGGACGCAUGAACGUUGUCGCCCCUUCCCGCUGCUGUCAGCUCCUCCCGCCACCACCCGCCUGUCCUGGCUUAUACCCAGCUGGUCAGGAAGGGCCAACAGGAUACUCUACCCACCAUCACAGCGCCGCAUUGCCUCCGGGGAGCAGAGUGGACAGAGCUGCUACCUAAUGGGACUGGUCGCUUUUCAUACUGUUUACAAGUGCGCUGCGAAAUCCAUAAGCCACAAAUGGCAGCAAUGAACGGUGGACACAGGAUGGAACCAUUGUAGAGGAUCCAGGGGGGGGGGUUGGCGUCCGCUGCGUGUUACCUCCCUCCAGCGGGAGGACACGCCUGAGGUGUGAUCACGCCCCCGCUCACGAGCCCUCGCGUCAUCAAUAACGUAUUUUACUACAAAGCAGAGUUUAAUCUAAAUAGUACAUUGCAUAUGUAUAUAUAAGGAUGGUGUAUUAGAGGCAUAUUUAAAGAGAGAUUCUGUCAUUUUAAUGAUCAGUUGUUUGCGUUCAUAAUUAAUGGAACAGACUACGUACCGUACAAUCACUUAAUCGCCACGUUUUGCUUCACACGGUCAAUCACGUUACCAGGUUUUACUCUUUUUUUUAUUUUUAUUUUUUUCUGACUGCCGUCGUUUUUACGUCAUCGGUGAUCUGCAGCGCCGAGGUGCAGCCGUCGCUUCAAGGCUCCACAUGCCACUGGUAUUCACCAUUCCACAUGAAUAUUUAAUUUCUCAGGAAAUUACAUUGUUUGACGCCCUCCCACCCGUGAAACUUUCCAUAAUAUUAACCGCUCCCAGCUGUAGGGAGGUCUGUGCCCCGGUUCGGUUAUUAAUGAUCAUUCACAGUUCCUAAUAGUGAACUUUAUCAAUAUAAAAAGUCUAGAAGCCAAACUUAUAUUGCAAAGUGGGAAUGUUAAUGCAGUGGAUGCAAUACUCCCUUUUGUCCAGCAGAUGUCAUUGUUGUAUUACAGUGGUUACUUAUAGGGAACAGUGACACCUGCUGGCGGUUAGUUGUAAGUAAUGCAAAGUUUAUUUAAGAGGGGAAGGAUGAUUUACGUUGUAUCUGGAGGGAUAGUUGCCUGACAAUUAGACUUUAUUAAUAGAGGACAUUUUAAUGAGGUAUCAAGGUCUAAGCUAUGCAGGCGGUUGCAAUCGUACAAGUGCCUGUGUAGUUAAGAUUUUAAAGGGGGGGGGGGGGGGGGGGGGUCGGCAUAGGUGGACUUAUCAGUUAGAUGAAAACUGUUGGGUAUUGCAGGAAGAAAACUGCCUGAGGAUUUUAUUUAAGCUGCUGAUUAAUCGCUUGUUCCAUUACCAUAACUAAUAAACAACCUGAAAAAAUCAAAUAAAAAUCAAAGACUUGGAUCCAUAAAUACAGAUCUGGUGGCCAUUUGGCCAAUUCCAGUAGCCCAGAGAGCAGAAUUGUGCUGUUUUGGCGGUUGCUUGAAGCAUAUUCAUCUGUAAUUCUGACUAUUGGCCACUUGGUGGCGCCUUCAGCAAUUUUCCUGUGCCUACACUAUACCAAAGGGGCAUUUUAAAGGUCUUAUGAGCGCUGAGUCUGGACCGCAAACAACAAAAAAGGUUCUGUUGAAAUCUUGGAUGUAUCCGAACACCUCCCGUAAACCGCAUUUCACUUAUAGGAAGAAGGUUCGGGUCCCACUCCUCACUCUUGCAUGUAGGUCAUUGUAUUUUACAUUCAUCUGCUUUGUUUGUAUUUAUUUAUUUAUUAUCAGGAUUUUUUUUUUGUUUUUUUUUAUUGUCACAGUCUACCCCUCCCCACCAAAGUAUUUGACUCCCCUCCCCUGCGUUGU